UCCGCAAUAACCGGUUCAGCAGAAGACCGGAGGUAACGCACCGAGACGAUAACAUACGCUCUUAAAUAGGGCAUAACACCUAAACCUGUUGGCACAUCAUUUUUAGUGGGCCCACAUAUUGGAGAUUUUUAAGUAGAGGUCCACUCACUGUAUCACCAUGCGCCUCCUUAUUAACAUAUAUUUUGCUACAACUGCAUAAAGAAAACUACGCAGUCAAGGCCUCAGAUAUUCUGACACGCAUUGUGGGGAUAAAAUAAUAACCCAGGACCCACCCCGUGCAUACAUAAACACUAAGAUCACCAACAGAUCCAUAUAAUAAUCUUCAACUGCAUGUACCAGAAGGAGUUUAACUGUGUGACUCUGCCUAGGGUUCCUCUGACUACUACCACACAAUUACUAUUGCAAUACAGUAAUUUUACUCAGAAGGAACUCCAAAAUAGACAAACCUGCUAAAUCUUCCACACUGAUCCAGUACUUUAAAAUGCCUGAAACUAUCUCUGACAACAUAGCAGGGCAAUCCUCAGCUAACACACAGCUGAUAUCAGCUCAAGUACAUGAGGUCUCCAUCUCAGAAAACGAUACAGCAACUAAAGCAGACCUUAAACAACUUGCAUCAAAAGAUGAUAUCCCUGCUGUAUUGAUAGAGGUACGCCAGCUAUUCGGUGACCUGAAAAAAGACAUCACAUCAGUGACACAACAGGUACAUCAAAUAGAAGAAAAGUAAAACGAAACGGCAGGUACUGUGAAAAAAGUUACACAUACACUUCAGGAUCAUGACAAUACUUUAUAUUACCUGAUGGAAAAAGUCGAAGAUAUAGAUAAUAGGAAUAGGCGCAACAAUAUCCAAGUACGGGGAAUACCCAAAUCGGUGACACCUAAUGCACUGCCUGGUUAUCUACAAGACUUAUUUUGAACCCUGAAAGGGACCCCCUCUUCUAAAGAGAUAGUCAUGGAGAGAGCCCACAGAGCCUUGAAACCAAGACCACCACCACCAAUCUUGAACUUUCAGGACAAGGAAGAAAUAUUAAAAUGCUCCAGAACGAAACAACAAAUAACACACGCAGGCAUAACAUUACAAUUUUUUUCGGAUCUAAGUCCAGCAACCUUACAGAAGAGGAGAGACCUCAGGUAUAUCACCUCUACUGUCAGGGUUACUCAUGUUCUGUAUAUUGUUUCUGAACGCUAUGCCUUUAAAUCCUCUACACACCUUUACCUGAGGCUAUUUAAGUCGGCCACACCCCCUUACCUACGCUUCAGUAUUUUCAAGUUAGGAAUUGAGGAGCCACAGAUUCUAAACCUCCUUAGGAUACAAGCCUAUCUCACUUGUGGAAUUUAACUUUCCAGCAAGCUCUCUGAUCUGCAAGCUUUAUGACAUAUUGUCUCUGUCAGCUUCCUGUAUGCCUCUAACCUCCAGCUGACUGUCUCAGCAUUUCCACUCAGGUCUUACAUGCUGUGUCUCUCUACUGGGGAUGCAACCGCAUUGGACUCUCCUGCUGUACUACUGGCAUAGGUGACUAUCAGACACGGAUUAACUUACUGUAACACCCGCAGUUUACUUCGCCACUUAACAGAGCUUUUGCUUGUCAGCCUGCAGCAGCUGAGACGCUCCACUCUGGAUUACCACUGUUCACACAGUACACAGUCUGCAUACCAGCUGCAGCCUGAUCACGUUUGCUUAGAGUAACAACUAAGGUAAACCCUUUUCCAUAUUGAUCUCUGUUACGCUGUUACUAACAGGAAGAGCUGUCAUUCUAUGUGAACAACAAACCGUAGCUUGAUAGUUAUAUGAUUAAUUGUUCUCCAGUAUUACUCCAGCCUGCAUCCCUCUUGGAGUAAUCUCUGCUUACUUCAAAUCAAGUUGCCAGUGAAACUGCCAUACUUUGUAGCUAUUCACUCUGGCAAACAAACCAACAUUAAAAUCUGCAGUUGUGAUCCACCUUUUGUUAUAAACUAAUAAGGAUUCUGACAUCUACAACGUUCAAAACAGAAAAAGAUCUACCAGACUUUUGCAAGCAGCUAAACAUUCCCUUGCUUGUUCCACCUCAAGAGAAAAACUGACAGCAAGCCACAGAAAGCAGCAAUACAGCACCGGAGUCAGAGGACUCUAUUUGACUCUUGAUAUAAUAUCAUGAAAAGAUAUGGGAACCUAGAAGAACUCUUCACCAAGAACACCGAUAACCUUUGGGAUAUAGCAAUUGGGGAAGUCCAGAAAAAAGAAAAUGUUGGAAAUGACGAGGAGGCAGAAGAACUAUCAGAGCGAUCUGUGUUUUUUAUAGGCAACAAGAAUGGGGGUAAGACGACAAUAAUUCUUCGAUGUCUUGACAGGGAUGAGGCCCCCAAACCAACUUUAGCUCUAGAAUAUACAUUUGGUAGAAGAGCAAAAGGACAUAAUACGCCUAAAGAUGUAGCUCAUUUUUGGGAACUUGGUGGGGGAACAUCACUACUGGAGCUAGUGAAAAUCCCAAUUACUAUUGAUAACAUACGGACAUUUUCUAUAGUACUUGUUCUUGACCUUUCAAAACCCAAUGAACUUUGGCCAACACUGGAAAACCUUCUGCAGGUCACCAGGAAACACGCGGAUCAGGUUAUUGCUACUAUUGGAAAAACAAAUUCCAAAUCUGCCAACCAAUUAAAACAGAAUAUUUGGAGAAGUUUGCCAAAAGAUCAUCCUGACAAAGAAUUAAUUGAUCCCUUUCCUUUGCCAUUACUAAUUAUUGGUAGCAAGUUUGACAUAUUUCAGGAAUUUGAUUCUGAAAAAAGGAAAAUAAUAAGCAAGACACUUCGAUUUGUAUCACAUUAUUAUGGAGCAUCAUUAUUGUUCACAAGCAAAUCUGAAUCUCUCACUCUUAAAACAGCAACACGUUCAUUUAUAAAUCAUUUGGCAUUUGGAUUAGACAAAAGCAAAACUGUGUCUUUGGAUCAAAAUAAACCACUUUUCAUUCCUUUAGGAUUUGAUUCCUUCAGUCAAAUUGGUUCUCCUCCAGCUAGUGAAACUGACUUAGCUCAGUUCCGAGUGCGGACACCCCUAGAGUUAUGGAAGAAAGUUUAUGAAAUGUAUUUUCCUCCAAAGAAUACAGGUGAUGUGAAGGAAUUGAAGGAUCCAGCUAAAGAUCCACAGUAUUCCGAGAGUGCAGUGGAUGCUAUGCGGGCACAAAAAGACCAGGAACUAGAACACUAUAAAAGAAAUGCUGAUAAGUCCUGGAGAGCAAUGGCACUUGACUCUCACGUACGAUGACUGAUACAAUGGAACCUCUCAGAGUGUACAUUUUGCAAAAUAAAUAAUACAGCUAAAUUAUUUUAAAACAAUGGGAUUUUUUUUCAUAAGUUAUAGAUACAAAUUGACCUCCUUAAAUGUAAUUGUGAAGAUAAAUAUAUGUUUAAAUAAAACAUUGCUUCCUGUUUUGUUAACUUCUUUUAUUAAUUUGUGAAUAUUGGCAAGGUUUAUUUUUGUUUGUUUUCCAAAAACAGUUAACAUACGAGAAGCCACAGACAACAUGAAAAAGACAAUUGGCUAGAUUACAAGUGGCGCACUAACAUUAGCCUGCUUGCGAUAUAAUAAUAUCGUGGGUGCAUUUGUUUAUUUCUAUUUGAAAGUAAACAUGUUCGUUAAAGCACAAUCGAAUGUAAAUAUUGUAAAAAUAUUAUUUUUCUUUAUAUACUUGAUAUUGUUAAUGAAAAAUAUAUAUCUAUGCCUAUAUAGCUAUAGGUCUAGAUAUAUAGGUUUAGAUAGAUAAAAAAUAACAUGUUCAUGUAUGUGAAGAACAUUGGAAUGUGAAAUAUUAAUAACUCCUGACAGGUUAGCGAGCAAUAAGUGUUAGAUUUUGUUCUUCUACACUCUCUAUUGAAAUCUAUGGGGAGAACAAAAUUAACACGGUUGCAAUAUCCGAGGUCCUAAAGUCAGUGCGCUAGAUAUCACUUCCACACAUAAGUUUUAAUUCUAACUUAUAAUACAUGCGCUACCUGUGUGUGCAAAUAGAUUACUUCUGGCGGUUUUAGCACACGAGUGAAAGGGCUUAAUAGCGCGCCACUUGUAAUAUAUCCCAAUAUAUCUAUUUUCAUAUGCCAAUUAUUUUAUACAUUGUGACUAUUUAAUUUAUUGUUAUUUUGUGUGGGUUGUGUAAUGUGGACAGCACUUGUUACUUUGUUUCUUUUGCAGUGGCUUGCAAAUGUAGUUACUAAAUAUUUUAGGGAUGUAAUAAAUAAUGCGUUUGUUAAAUGUGAAAA